CCAUCUCGUUUACCAUUCUUUUCUGCUGUUUUGCCAAAUAGACAUGUUUACCAUGCUAAUUUUCCUCUACCAUUGAUUGAUUGAGUGUUGGUCAUCUAUUGGUAUUUGAGUGCAAUGAAAACCCAGUGUUCACUUAGUGCAGUGCCUAUGUGACAUUGGCCAGGGUUUUCUGCCCAUGAAAGUACUUGGUGUAUGACAAGCAGGAUGGAAGCAAACCCUAUCAGUGUCAUACUUUGUGAAAGUGACAGUAAGGGUGACAGACUACUGUUUCGAUUUCCUUAUGCAACUGACUCGAGACAUCAUGGGGAAAACUGCCAACAAAUACGUCGUCGGAAUCCCUAUGCAGUGACUGUUGCUGAGGACCUUUUACAAAGUCAACCCUCGCAGAUUUCAAACAUCCAGCAUGGUCGUCUCACAGGUUUCACUGAUGAGGUCUUGUCUACACUGUUCGCUGUCAAACCAGAGCUCUGUGAACGGAAAUUUGAGUUGAAAGUAAAUGAUGUCCGAUUUGUUGGACAUCCUAUCCAGCUACCAGCAGCAAGCACAGGAAGAAGUUCUUUAGGGGGAAGUGGCAGCAAACUGGAAACCUCAUCACACACCACCUUAAUAAAUAUGGUCUUUGCUCUUCAUGCAACUGCAAGUCAUUCUAUAGUUAAAUGUUACUAUGACUUGAGCAAAAGGUUGGGUGUUGCUUUGCGCCAUGAAGAAAAGAGAUGUGGCUAUGUAACGCAAGAAGCUAAAAUAAUGGUUACAGCUCAUGAUGAAUUUUCUGCUAGGCAAGGUGAAUGUAAUAUUGAUGGAGCCGAAUCUGCUUUUGACCUUAUUCUUCACCGUAGCACUCUUGCAAAACAAUUAAAGGGUGUCUUCCAAGAUCUUAUUCAUACUGGUCUUAUACGUUUGCGUAUUAAUAACUGGCUGCAAGUCAGUUUUUGCCUUCCACAGAAAGUUCACCAAAUUCAUUUCCACCGUAAAAACUUCAUUAUUGAACCAGAAGCAAUAGAUAGGUGUCUACAAAGUCUUCGGCCAUACCAUGGGCUCUUAUUGCUCGUCGAACCAUCAGAACUGAUUGAGACCUUGCCACCAGAUGCAUCGCCAGCUCUUUUAAGACUUGUCCAAGUCCACACUCCUCUCAAAAGUUUGCAGACCUUAUCAGCAGAUGCUGACCUCACUUUAGCUCAGGUUUUUCAGUUAACAGGCCACUUGGUGUACUGGGCAAAGGCCACUGUAAUUUAUCCUCUUUGUGAAAGUAAUGUUUAUGUAAUUGCUCCUGAUGCACCAACAGACCUCAGCUCACCUUUUGUUGAGCGCUUCUCUGAACAAUUCCCAGGAAUGUGUCUCUUACAGACAAUGAGUGAGUUUUCGCUACCUUCUUCGAUUGGACAAAAAAUCAGCCCAUUGCUUGGGUCUCAAGCUCAGGCUCAAUUGAUUCGGACUGUGGUCUGGAUGCUGCGCCAUAGGCUGUUACUACAACUACACACUUAUGUAUAUUUUAUGGCCUCGUCAAGAGGCUUAAGUUGGCCUCAUCAAGAAGGAUCUUUGGUGACUGGCCGAGGGGAAGGCAGUUUCCAAAGCACCCCAGAGGAGCAAUUAAGCCUUGGUCUUGCUGGGACUUGGAGUGGAGGUCAUGCAAGAAGUGAUAGUGAUGCAAGUUCUAUUAGUGAUGAUAUUGUUAAUUUAAGGGCAGAGAAGCAACUCCAACUUUUACAACAUCGAGACCAUAUGUCUCAAAACCAAUCCGGUUUUCCUAAUGGCCUAAGCAUGAGUCCAAAUAUGGAUGAUGGCUCAGCUGAUGGAGAUAAGGGACAUGGUCUCAUUCCAGAAGAGUUGUUGGCAGAUUUCAGUGAAGCAGAGCGAGUGGCAAUUUUAAAAAUACCAGCUGCCACAAACUCAGAUGAUCUUGCACUACUCGCAAAGCUUUAUCGUAGUAACUACCUCCGGGGGCUUCAUCAUCUCGAAGAAAUUAUGUAUCUAGAAAAUUUGCGCAGAUCUCAGUUGCUGCAACUCCUUGAUAAAUUCCGUGAUGUUUUGGUGACCUGCGAGACUGAGGAUCCAGCCAUUGGAAUAUUUUAUUCCCACUCGUGACGUUGUUCUCUACUUUUAAGUACCUGCUAUUGUGAUACAAAAAAAAAAUCUCGACAGUAAACCUGAUGCCUGUUUUUAUGCAUUUUUAAAA